AUGACAAGGAAUUGGCUGAUGGUUUUUAUCCUUUUCCCUCUGAAGCUUGUAGAAAAAUGUGAGUCAACCAUCGACCUCACUGUUCCUCCCAUUGUGAAGCUGGAAAAUGGCAGCUCAACCAGCGUCAGCGUCGCUCUUCAGCAUCCGUUAAAUGCAACUUUGGUGAUCACUUUUGAAAUCACAUUUCGUUCAAAAAACAUCACUAUCCUUGAACUCCCAGAUGAAGUUGUGGUGCCGCCCGGAGCAACAAACUCCUCUUUUCAAGUAACAUCUCAAAAUGUUGGACAAGUUACCAUUUAUCUGCACAGAAAUAAUUCCAACCAGACCGGCCCACGGAUCCGCUUCUUGGUGGUCCACAGCAACGUGAUUAGCAUCAUAGACCAGGUGGUUGGCUGGAUCUACUUUGUGGCCUGGUCCAUCUCCUUCUACCCUCAGGUGUUCAAGAACUGGAGGCGGAAAAGCGUCGUUGGUCUGAGUUUUGACUUUGUGGCCUUGAACUUGAUGGGCUUUGUGGCCUACAGCGUGUUCAACAUUGGACUCUUCUGGGUGCCCUCUAUCAAGGAGCAGUUUCUCCACAAAUACCCCAAUGGCGUGAACCCCGUGGACAGUAAUGAUGUCUUCUUCAGCCUGCACGCCACUGUCCUCACCCUGAUCGUCAUCCUGCAGUGCUCCCUGUAUGAGCGAGGCGCCCAGCGUGUGUCGUGGCCUGCUGUCGGGUUCCUGCUGCUCUCCUGCAUCUUGGCGCUCAUCACCAUGGUGGUGGCUGCGGUCGGGGUGACCAGUUGGCUGCAGUUUCUCUUCUGCUUCUCUUACAUCAAGUUGGCGGUCACGCUGGUCAAGUACUUCCCACAGGCCUAUAUGAACUUUCAUUACAAAAGCACCGAGGGCUGGAGCAUUGGCAACGUGCUCCUAGACUUCACCGGGGGCAGCUUCAGCCUCCUCCAGAUGUUCCUCCAGUCCUACAACAAUGACCAGUGGACGCUGAUCUUCGGAGACCCAACCAAGUUUGGACUCGGAAUCUUCUCCAUCUUCUUUGAUAUUGUCUUCUUCAUCCAGCACUUCUGCUUGUACAGAAAGAAACCAGGGCUUCAGGCCGCAUACACAGGUUCCGACAGCCGUCCCAGGCAAGAUCGGGCAGUGAGCUUGGAGCAGAGGGCCUUGCCCUACCUAACAACCAGUGUUUCUGGGAGCAGCCUGAAGGGCUGA